GGUUUGAUGUUUGGUUACGCAACAGACGAGACAGAAGAAUGUAUGCCUCUAACAAUUAUUCUUGCUCAUAAGCUGAAUGCCAGGUUAGCAGAGUUGAGACGUAGUGGAGAACUUCCUUGGCUGAGGCCUGACUCUAAGACACAGGUGACAGUUCAGUAUAUUCAGGAGAAUGGAGCAGUCAUCCCAGUGCGUGUUCACACCAUUGUGAUAUCUGUGCAGCAUGAUGAAACCAUUUCGCUUGAGAAUAUGCGCACAACCCUGAAGGAUCGUGUGAUUCAAGUGGUUGUCCCUGCAAAAUACUUGGAUGAGAAAACUAUUUAUCACCUUCAACCAAGUGGACGUUUUGUUAUUGGAGGGCCUCAGGGUGAUGCUGGUGUUACUGGUCGAAAGAUCAUUGUGGAUACUUAUGGUGGCUGGGGAGCCCACGGAGGUGGUGCGUUUUCUGGCAAAGACUAUACAAAGGUGGACCGAUCAGCUGCGUACGCAGCCCGUUGGGUGGCCAAGUCUCUUGUGAAAGCUGGGCUUUGUCGGCGUGUUCUGGUUCAGGUUUCUUAUGCCAUUGGGGUAGCUCAUCCACUGUCCAUCUCACUCUUCACUUAUGGAACUUCCCAAAAAACAGAGAAAGACCUGCUGGACAUUGUGCAUAAAAACUUUGAUCUUCGGCCUGGAGUCAUUGUCAGGGAUCUGGACCUUAAAAAGCCCAUUUACCAGAAGACUGCAUGUUAUGGUCACUUUGGAAGAAAUGAAUUCUCAUGGGAGGUGCCUAAAAAACUUGUGUUUUGACACUAACAGUCAACCUUUUAAAACAGAAAGGGAGAGAGAAGACCACUAAUGAUGAAGAUGCUCCUGAAAAUCAGAUUUGACAGCUUCGUAUUCAGCAACAAGAAUUUUAGAUUUUAAAUGGAAAGAAAGAAAAGGAUAUUUUCUUGGAAAUUGAUUUUUUUAAGCCUCAGUGUCUUUCAUUAUCUAAGAUAUAAAGGACAGAGUCUGUUUUUAUAAUCAGCAUAAGACAACAAAAUACAGUGCACUUUUUAUUGCUGCUCUGUUAGUUCUUUUGAUAAAGGCAAAGUAUGACUCAGGUACACAAACCAAUGGCUGAACCUAAAACCUUUCAUGGGCAAAGGCGAAAAUGACUUUCCCCACUCUGACUAAGGAUCAGCAGAUCUCUUGCUUCUAAUUAGACAACGGGAAAUUCUGGGGUCCAAUUUCCUUACUGGAGGUAGCAAUGCAUAGAGCAGGGGGUUGCUUUGAUGGGAGAAGGCUGAAUAUCACAUAACUAUAUGUUGGCCUGUUUUGUAGAGGAUGUUAACAUAUAUGUAAUAUUUAAAUCACCUUCACUGGGUAUGUGCUGUUACUGUUGUGUUUCAAUUACCUGUGGUUUUGAAACGUAAGUGUUCUCCUAUAACACAACAAUCAUAGAAUAAAAAGCUUUUUCCUU